AUGGCCCUCCAAGCUCCAAUCAUAAACAUGGCGUCCUUGGGUAGCAGCGCUACCGGCCGUCGUCCCACGGUGCUCCAGCAGAUCGCUCUCUUCCUCGUCGUCGCGGCGGUCAUUAUGAACAGCUCCGUCUGCGUCGGAGCCGCCGGCCACGACGCCGCUCUAGUAGGCACUGACCCUAACCACCCUGCUUUCCCGUCGCCGCCUGGUAAACCCUACACCGGCGGCCGUGGGUGCCGUACAAUUUACGGAUGUCCUGAUGUACCACCGGCGGGUGGCCAGCCCUAA